AUGCCAGCUGCCGCGCCCGCGCCCGAAGCGCGCGAGGCGCCCGCGGUGCCGGACUCUGAGGAGGCGGAAGCCGUCGAGCUGGAGGGAGAACUGCCAGGUGCUCUAGCCGCGGAUCAGGCAUCGAUGCAAUCCGUGUUGGUUCGCCAAGGGCGAAACCGCUAUCGAGUUCGAGUGCCACAAGGGUUGAAAGAGGCGACCUUUGGGAACCUCGCCGAUUUCCUGGCCGCGCAGAUGUUGCCUCCUGGCAUUCCACCGUCGGAACUUCGUCUGAUCUCCAAGGGUAAGACAGCCUCCAGAGAUGAUCGCCUGGGUGACGAUGGUAUGAAAGAAAUGUCGGUCAUGCUGCUCUUCAGGGAAGGCUUCCAUGUUGCGGCUGAAGGAGCACGAUGGAUGUCCGAGAAGGAGGAGGAGCUGGCCAAGGUCGAGGCGAAAUUGGCGUCACUCUCGAAGCGAGUUGAAGCAAACUUCUCUGAUGCAGAGACUUCACUUCAGCUGGCUGAGGUGUCUGACUUCAUCGAAACUCUGUUGCAAAGUGUCGACAGCGUGCGGGUGAAUUCGAUGAAGCUCCCCCUGAUGCAGGAGCAAGGGAACCCAAGUGCCCAAGCGGGCCCAAGGCACCGAUAUAGAGACGAUUCGCUGUAG